AUGAAGCUCUUCCUUCUCCUCUCUGCUCUCUGCGCCGUCGCUUUGGCUCAAAUCACCUGCGAGAAGUACUGCACUGGUGAACUUGCUGCUCCCAACUGCAUUCCUCUCGUCUGGCAAGUAUGGGAGACUAAGCCAUGCUACCGAAGAUGUGUAAGCAACUGUAACACCCUCGGAGUGACCACUUGUGCUUUUAACAGAUACAAAUGCUGUAUGAACGCUAAUGGAUUCAACAGAACCAACAGAUGCUGGCCUCAAUAUAACGCUAUUUCCUAA